AUUCUCAACACAGUCACUCACAUUACCUUCUUUCCAUCGUUUAUAAUCACAUUCGCUGGAUAAAAGUGCCCUAUGGGUGUGAUAUAUGAGGUGUGAGGUGGUAACAGUUGGUCCCUCCCCCCAAGAGAACUUACCAUGUGGGUACGUCACUCAGUAGUGCCCAAACCCUCGUAGGCGAAGGUGCGUUAGUGCCAAGCUCUGGUGUUUUCUUCCUGUGAUCGUCUUGUUUUUGAACUUCUGUCAGACUUGGAUGAGGUUAGGAUACAUUCUCUUUGUGGGAUGUGAAUAGAUGAGGAGGUCUUGAUGCUGGAAGAGAAAUGAGAUUUGUGCUUUUCUUUUGUGUUUAAAAAAAAAAGAGAGAAAAAAUUUAAAGGAAAAGGGAAAGACGGAAGUAUAAUAUAUCGGAUUCGAUUUACUUCGCGUGCUUUUAUAACGAUGUGGUGAUGUUUGUGUUGACUGCUAUCAUUUUUUAACGGAAACGGAUAAAAAUAUCGAAUAGCCCAGUCACGUUGAUGGAAAAUAUACAGGAAUUGAUGAUUAACACUUGAAGACAAUCAAGUUUUCCACGUAAUUAAAAGGACCCGCAGACCCGGUGGAGGUGAUGGUGGCCAGGAGGCCGCGCUGAGGAGGAGGACGACCGGCACAGGAACGUCUGCGGACUCGGCGGGCGCAGCGGCGGGGGGACCCUCUGCUCGGCCCCCAGGCACGAGGGGGAGGGACAACGAGCUUCAGCGAGCGAGCGCGCGCCAUGGCGGAGCUCAACAGCAGACGGCGGCGCUGCAGAAGCAGGCCUUACUUGAUCGCCGCGGCGGCCCUGCUGUUGGCGGGGAGCGUAUCGUCGAUGCCCGCUAGGAAUGAAGAGUACGACUACGACAGCGGCGGCGGGCGGGACUUGGCGCAGGACGGCGUGUUCGGCGAUGUAUCGACCCAGCGGCGGGCGACGGUGGGCGACAGCAUCCGCCUCAAGUGCAAGCCCAAGGUCGACUACAAGCUGCCUCGCGUCGUGGACUUCACCUGGUUCUACAACGACCAGGUUCUCGAUCCCGGCAGCAACCCCAGGAUCAAAGUGUCGGAUAACAAGGAAAAGGCCCGGCUGCGCGUGAACGACGUCCGCCACGAAGACGAGGGGCGGUACGCGUGCCGCUGGAACGGGAGCCAGUGCCAGGGCUGGGUCAACUACACUCUCCUCGUCUCGGAGGACAUCCCCAUCUCCACUAUGCCUCAGGCUCUACACUCAGACAGCAAAGUGUUGGUGCCGGACGCUGAGGACAUUGAAAGCCUGAAGCCAAAAUUCAUCAAGACGCUGAAGCCGCUGAUGAUCAAGCCAGCCGGCAACGUGGCAGAGCUGAAGUGCCAGGCCAACGGGUCCAAUCUGAACAUCACUUGGUUGAAGAACAGCGCGAAGCCAACCCGGCAGUACGGAGACGUGCGCAUCAAGGGCUCCACGCUGAAGAUGGAGGACCUCGUGCCAACAGACUCCGGCCAGUACACGUGCAUCGUGUCCAAUGAGCACGGCUCGAUCAACCACACCUACAUGCUGGAAGUUAUUGAGCGCCUCCCCAGCAGACCCAUCAUAAACAAGGAGCUGAGUAACCGCACUGUGGUACAAGGAUCGAAAACCCGGUUGCAGUGCUCCGUGAUUUCAGACCAGGUGCCUUACAUCACCUGGCUGAAGCACACGACACGCGAUAAUGGCGUUGACAGCCAGGGCAAGGUUAUUAACAGGCUUUUGAUUAUAAAGGUAAAAUUCAGAGAAGAAAAUGGCAUUAGUGGUCCAGCUACGCUCUUCUCGGGGUCAGUAGCUAUGGUGGUAUGUGGCGUCCGUUGCGUCUUGCAAUCGGACGCCUUCACAGUGCAACGAAUUCCCUGUUGUGCUUUGCCAGUCGCAUUGCAGCCACGUCUUUCAUAUUGCUCAGCUGCGGUGGUGGCGGUGGUGGUUCUGAACAGCUUGUGUUGUUUUUCAGCGGAGCCCAUCCUUGCAGAUGCGCAAUCGCACGUGGUGCCCAUUCUGGCCGCGGUGUUCGUCGUGGCCCUCGCCGGCGUGGGCCUCAUCCUCUCGUGCUUCUGCAAGAAGUGGAAGAAGGAGAAGCGCCGGGCCAAGGAGCUGGAGAGGGCCAAGGAGGUCAUCACCCAGCAGUGGAUCAAGAAGGUUAUCGUCGAGCGCCAGAAUUCGGACGCCUCGCAGGAGCCUCUCAUCGUGCCAACCAUCAAGAUCGAGCGGUGCCAGUCCAACUCGCACAAUGGCUCAGAAAACACAAGGAUAUCCGAGUACGAGUUGCCCUUGGACAUCCUGUGGGAAUUGCCGCGCUCGAAGCUGAUCAUGGGCGAAUCCCUCGGCGAAGGCGCCUUCGGGAAAGUCGUGAAGGCGGAGGUCCAAGGCAUCAACCGGCCCGACCUCACCACCACCGUCGCUGUGAAGAUGCUGAAGGAGGGACACACGGACGCGGAGCUCAUGGAUCUCGUCUCGGAGAUGGAGAUGAUGAAAAUGAUCGGCACACACAUCAACAUCAUCAAUUUGCUGGGAUGCUGCACCCAAGAUGGCCCUCUGUACGUGGUCGUGGAAUACGCGGCGCAUGGAAACUUGAGGGAUUAUCUGCGCCAUAAGCGCCCAUCCUCAGGCUAUGAAAGGGCCAUUGGCCAGGAGACGAACGCGCUCACGGAGAGAGACCUGGUCAGCUUCUCUUACCAAGUGGCUCGCGGAAUGGAGUACCUCGCCUCUAAAAAGUGCAUUCACCGUGAUCUUGCCGCACGAAAUGUUCUAGUCAGUAAGGACGGGAUCAUGAAAAUAGCCGACUUUGGUCUUGCUCGAGAUAUUCACAGCCAAGACUAUUAUCGAAAGACGAGCGAAGGCCGCCUGCCAGUCAAGUGGAUGGCACCCGAGGCUCUCUUCCACAGAGUGUACACUUCACAGUCAGAUGUGUGGGCAUUCGGAAUUCUUUUGUGGGAGAUUAUGACCCUGGGUGGAACUCCAUACCCAUCAGUGCCCUCAGUCGAGAAGCUUUUCCAGUUGCUCCGAGAAGGUCACAGAAUGGAGAAGCCCUCUAAUUGUUCGCUUGAAAUCUACUCGAUCAUGCGUGAGUGCUGGCGGUACCAGCCAACGCAGCGUCCGACCUUCAAGGAGCUCGUGGAAGACUUAGAUCGUAUCCUCACGUUAUCGUCGACGGAGGAUUAUAUAGACUUCUCGACACCGCAACUGGACACCCCUCCGAACAGCUGUGACUCGUCGCACACCUCAGACGUCCUUACUCCUCGCUGAAGCUCCUGACUUGGCAGUUUGUGUAACCGGUUACUCACUGUUCCGAGAGAGGACACUGGACUAGAUGUUGCAGGGAAGCUUUGCAAUUUCACUAGUGAAGAAAGGGUCUAACAGUAGUACCGGAUAAAAUUUCAAUACUGCUAAGCAUAGGCCAGGUGGAGACCACAAGAAAGUAACUUUAUUUUCUAGAAUUCCUCUGCUAGUCUUCGGGCUGCUCUGUAGUAGACAGUGACAAUUCAUUUACGUCAUUUCAGCGAUGAGUGUAGUAAGAUAAAAAGUGAAUGGAACUAACGCCAGUGCUUUGUGAAUGUGAAGUGAACAUAGUAUUUCCAUAUGGCCAUAGACUAGCACGAAGCAACAAAGACGUGUCAUAUGUUAAGCCAUGGGUCACAAAUGGUAUUACUGCGGAGACAAGCAGUAAAGAAAACGUGUUGAGUUUGAACGAAAUGAAAACGUGGGAAGACCUCCGGCUGUCGUAUCUACAGAGUUGACCUGAAGUGAUGGGGUGCUAUUUAUCCAAGUCAUAUAUAUAUAGUAUAUAUUGUAGCUAUAUGUAAUGUAAUCCAAAAAAGUAAAAGCCCUAAACGUGUUAUGUACUUGCGAAUUACAUCAAGGAUUUUUUGUUUUUGUUUUUAAUGCAGGGAUAGCAAGUUUGAGUAGUGAAUUUGAAGGAUUUUAUUUUUAUUAAUAUUUAUGAUCCAUAAUAUUAAUGUAUGGAGUUAUAUAUAUAUACACAAUUAAUUUUUAAACUUUCUGUUGUCUGUUAAUUAAGUUCAGUACGCAGGUUACUCUAGUACUGGUAGUUAAAUGUACUAUUGUUUUAAAUAGUAAAAGUGCCAUAUCCACUGCAGAUUUUAAAAUUUUAUGGAAAUGUUUGCAACCAUGUUAAUUUGCAGUAUGUCGUAAAUCUAGCUACCGUUUUGGAAAAGGACUUAGGAAGUGUGUGCCACGGAGAUAGUCUUUUAGCACUUAGUUUGGUGGUUUACUCACUUGGAGAGAUGUCAGUGCAUUCUCAGGGGUUGAUCAGGCUUAAGAGCGAUAGCAGAAAGUUGCCGAGCGGUGUUCGACGUGGCUUGAGGUUCAUGCAAGCUUUGUGCUUCGUACAGAUUUAGAUCUCGUGUCUCAGAGGUGGGGGACGUCACUGAGGGGCAGACCUGAGAAUGGGCCUAUACUUUUUUUUUAAAGGUUUAGUAAAGAAGUGAAUUCACUUUUUUGAUGGGGUACCUGAGGGCUCAGCGUUAUGUGUUGUUUUUCAGACUUGCAAUGUAUAUCGAUUUCUGCAGAUGGUUUUGUCGAAGAAAGAGAAAACAGGAAAUAUGAAAAUGAUUCAGUCAUAAUGUUUCUCAUGGAAAUAUGGUCCUGUAUGUAAACUAAUAUGAAGUGAAUCCACCACAUGCGAUUUAUUUAAACUAUUGCAUUUGCCAAACACUAAAUUCCGGGGUCCAGAAAACAAUCUGGAAGUUCAUCAUAGCUUAAUUAAGCUAUAAAUGCGUGUCCAUGCAUUGGUCACGAACUUUAAAAGAGACAUAGAGAGCGGAAUGAAAAUAAGAAAAUAUCGCCUUUACUCUUAUUAGUCGAUUCAACAAGAUAAGGGAGGUGGAGCCUGCGACAGUCUUAGUAUUAUUUCUGCUACGACUGACGAACACGCUGGUUAGACAUGGGUUUCAUAGCUGUUAUGAACAAAUCUUAUUUUCUUACGUCUUACGGUGAACUGAGCUUCAGUGAAUGUACAAAUGAGGAGGCUUCUCCUAAGUAUGCUUUGCAUGAUUGCUUGAGCUCUCUCUUGUAUUACAAAAUUGGAUGAAAAGUCAAAUGGAAAUAUUUGAAAUGCAGUCUAAAUCGGUAAAAAAAAAAAAAUCCUGGAAUGGUGCUAUUAGUAUUUAGUUUCACUGGAUGACAAAAAUAUUUUACCGGAAAAAUAUAAAUUUGAGUUCAUGGGCAAACAAAAUAAAAGAGAAAACUGGCGUUUCGUUGGGCAAUGAUUACUUAAUGGAGAAUUUCCAUAUUUGAUUAUUACUUUGGUUAUCUGAAGCCUAAUACUGCAUUUUUUCGCCUUUUCUUCGCGGAGAAAAAACAACAUUGAUUUGUGAAUUCAAACAAAACUUUUAUUUGUUGGGGUGGAAAGAAAAACAUAAUGUGUAAAAGUUAUUAGUGUAAAUAGAUAAUGUAUUAUAGAAUCGAGAGUUAUAUCUGAAAUAUUUAGUUAUUACUAUUAUUUUUCUGCAGAAGUGAACUGUACCUUAUUAUUCUAGUUAUUUUUGCAAGUUAUAUGUAAAAAGAAAAAUCAAACAUAGCCAGGAAAUACACAUCAAUUUAAAGUCAAUAUGAGGUGCUAAAAGUCUUCAUAUAGUUAUCCCUUUAGUAGUACCAAAUAAUCAUAAUUAAAGCCAUUGGCACGUAAGUCAUAUCUUCUAAUUUUAUUGUUAUCAUUUCCUCAGUCUUUUGUAUUUUUAUGUAUAUAUUUUCCCACUUAUUUCUUUUUUAUCAUACCAAUUUAAGGACUGAUGUCCAUGCUCCAGCUCCCAUAGGUUCUCAUAUACUAGUCACCCACUGUUCCUCUGUCCUGCACACAGAGCAUUGCCAGAUGGUACUCGCGUUUUCGAAUGAAAUAGGCGGUAUCCUGUAGACGAAAAAUUCUUUUCAACCUUGGAAAAAAAAAUGUAAAGACGCAUCGAAUUAUUUUCUUUCUGGAACUGUGAAUAUUUAGUAACGGAUAACCGCCAAAACCAGAGGAAAAGUAAGUAAGCAUUGCAGGUAGUGUGUUUCUGUGUGCAGCACAGUGCUUCAUGUGCCAAGUGUUGAGUGAUGCCAAAGGCUUACAUUUAUAUGUUUGUGUCAGUAUUGAAAAAUGUCUUUCUAGAUAGCCACUUUACUGACUUCUGAUACUAACACUCAAAAUCACAUGUACACUUCUUUAUGUAAAAAUAUAUAUUUCUGUCUUCUGUAGAAAUAUGCGAGAUAUAAUUUAUGCAUCAUAUUUGAUGAUACAGCUGAAUUAGUCAUUAACUUAAUAAUAAUUAUUAUUAUUACCUGUAAAUCUGCAAAAAGAGUAAAUAACGAUAAUUUUCAAAUCAAAACCAAUUACACUCUCUGUUGUCAGGAUCAAACAGAGACGGAAGGCCUAUUUUGUGUUUUCGUAUUACAAAGAUAGAUGGAGAAUUAAUGUUUUAUUUAUUACAGGGAUAGGUUAGCCAUUGUCCUCCAGCAAAUAAAUUGCACAGGUUUUUUCAUGGAUUACUUGUAGGUGUACUUUAGCUGCUUGUCCCCCAUGUGUAGAUAUUUUGAACAAGAGAAGGUGGCUUUAGUUUUAUAACAAACUGUACAUGUACACAAGUGUAAUUCUUACAUGGAAUAAAUUUUUUGUUGUCAA